GGCUGGUCCCCAUUCCUCUCUCCCUAGUGUUGAGUGUCUGAGCCGUUGGCUGCUCCGAACCGUUUGGCUCUUUCCCUUAGUAACAGCUUUUACCUUCUGCCUCAAUUCCUCUCCCCGCUCGCGCCCUUCCCCCGCGCGCCGCCUCCCCCCGCCGCCGGCCGCGUGCGCCCCCGCCCCUCCCCCAGCGGCGGGAGCACCUCCGCUCGCCACCUGGGGACCCGCGCCGCGCUCCCCGCCCCCGCCCUCCCGGCGCCCAUCCCCCGCGCCCUCCGCUCGCUGGGGUUAUAAUUGCCUCUCACCCCCCGGAGGGGUUAUUUUGGGGGUGGUUGGAGGCGGUGGCGGCGGCGGCGAGGAGGGGAAUUUCCUAGUGCCUCCAUUCCCGGGAGGGGGGAGCGGCGUUGGAGGCCACCGUUUCCAGCAUCAACAACAGCAACUUGUGAUUGGCGGUGACCGGAUAUUCAGUUGCACAUCCCCACAUCAAUGCACUGCCAAUGGAUUUUCUCAUUCAGCAUUUACCUUUGGUAUAGAAAGCCAUAUCAGUCAGUCCAAUAUAAAUGGUGCCCUCGUCCCACCUGCUGCAUUGAUUUCUAUCAUCCAGAAAGGUCUACAGUAUGUAGAAGCAGAAGUUAGUAUUAAUGAGGAUGGUACCUUGUUUGAUGGUCGACCAAUAGAGUCUCUGUCCCUGAUAGAUGCCGUAAUGCCUGAUGUAGUACAAACAAGACAACAAGCUUAUAGAGAUAAGCUUGCACAGCAACAGGCAGCAGCUGCUGCAGCUGCCGCAGCUGCAGCCAGCCAACAAGGAUCUGCAAAAAAUGGAGAAAACACAGCAAAUGGGGAAGAGAAUGGAGCACAUACUAUAGCAAAUAAUCAUACUGAUAUGAUGGAAGUGGAUGGGGAUGUUGAAAUCCCUCCUAAUAAAGCAGUUGUGUUGCGGGGCCAUGAAUCUGAAGUUUUCAUCUGUGCCUGGAACCCUGUUAGUGAUCUCCUAGCAUCAGGGUCUGGAGACUCAACAGCAAGAAUAUGGAAUCUUAGUGAGAACAGCACCAGUGGCUCUACACAGUUAGUACUUAGACAUUGUAUACGAGAAGGAGGGCAAGAUGUUCCAAGCAACAAGGAUGUCACAUCUCUAGAUUGGAAUAGUGAAGGUACACUUCUAGCAACUGGUUCCUAUGAUGGGUUUGCCAGAAUAUGGACUAAAGAUGGUAACCUUGCUAGCACCUUAGGGCAGCAUAAAGGCCCUAUAUUUGCAUUAAAAUGGAAUAAGAAAGGAAAUUUCAUCCUAAGUGCUGGAGUAGACAAGACUACAAUCAUUUGGGAUGCACAUACUGGUGAAGCCAAGCAACAGUUUCCUUUUCAUUCAGCACCAGCAUUGGAUGUUGAUUGGCAGAGCAACAACACCUUUGCUUCUUGUAGUACAGAUAUGUGCAUUCAUGUCUGUAAAUUAGGACAAGACAGACCUAUUAAAACAUUCCAAGGACAUACGAAUGAAGUAAAUGCUAUCAAAUGGGACCCAACUGGCAAUCUCCUGGCCUCCUGUUCUGAUGACAUGACUUUAAAGAUAUGGAGUAUGAAACAAGACAAUUGUGUCCAUGAUUUGCAAGCACAUAAUAAAGAAAUUUAUACUAUCAAAUGGAGUCCAACAGGACCAGGAACUAAUAAUCCAAAUGCCAACCUUAUGUUAGCAAGUGCAUCCUUUGAUUCUACUGUUAGGUUGUGGGAUGUAGACCGAGGGAUCUGCAUCCAUACCUUGACAAAACACCAAGAGCCUGUGUACAGUGUAGCUUUCAGUCCUGAUGGCAGGUAUCUGGCAAGUGGUUCUUUUGACAAAUGUGUACACAUCUGGAACACACAGACAGGUGCUCUAGUUCACAGCUAUAGGGGAACAGGUGGAAUUUUUGAAGUUUGCUGGAAUGCAGCAGGAGACAAAGUUGGAGCCAGUGCAUCAGAUGGUUCAGUUUGUGUAUUAGACCUUCGGAAAUAGCGCUACUAGUUGGAAGCCAUGGACCGACUAUGAAUGUGUACAUAGCCAAAAUGACUGUCCCUGACCCAUGUACUGCUAUAGUCCCACUUGAACCAUGGCCAGUCCACUACAGCCAAAUCUAAAAGAAAUAUAUACAUAAGUGUAUAUACACAAAAUUGCACCCUGAAGAUGACAGAGUUUUGUCACAGCUUGUGAAUUCUGUUCACCAAGUGCUGGAAUCUAAUCUGCUGUGCCCCUAAAAUAGCAUUUAGAAGUUUUGGAUAUGAAAAACAGAAGAGAGAAAAAUAUACAUUAUAAAAGCAGAACAUACAUGUACCAGUUUUUGGAUACUAAAUGACAGCCUUGUUUCUCCCCUUUGAAUCAGCAGACACCAUGGAUUAUAUUCUUUUUUCCCUUCAGUAGUGAGCAGUUUGUAUGUACAGAGAAAAUGGACUUACAGAAACUUGCAGCAGUAGUUUGUUCUUGCUUUAAAAUUUUGUUUUUGGUUUAGAUUAUGGAUGCAUGAAGUAAGGGAGUGAAUCAGUUUCUUGUUUAUAUUUUUUUCACCUUUUAAACAACAAAAAAUUCUUUAAAAUAUUUUAAUGCAUUCUUUUGAAGAGGUAGAUGUUUGGUACAUUUUAUGGCUCCCAGAGCAUAUAUUCAGUUGGUGCAUGUUGUGGAAGGGGGAAUUGGAAAUUAAAUGAAAACCUAUGACUUUGGUCAUGUCAAUCUGUAAGACACAUCAGUAAAAGGGUAUUAUGCUCUGUUGGUUUUGUUUUUUUGUUUUGCUUUUUUUUUUUUUUUUUUUUUCUUUUUUUUUUUUCUGUUUUGUUUUUUGGUGAUGUGGCUUAAAUGCAAUAGUUUCUUUUUUGGGACAUAUUUCUGCCAAUUAAAGACUAGAAGGGCACAAUUUUUUUUUUUAAUUACCAUAGAGAAGAUACAUUAAAAAAAAAAAAAAUCUUCUGAUGUUUUGUAGCCAUAACUAAAUUAUGGUAAAAGUGUGCACUAUUGUGAAAAGGAGCAAAGUAGUUUUGGGUUUUUUGUUGUUUGUUUGUUUUGCUUUGUUUUUUAAGAGAUUAAAAUGUUUCUGGAUAAGGAUUAGCUUCUCAAAGUGUCCAUCAUUCUGUGUAGAAGCUUAAAUAUGUAAAUGUAACCAACCUCCAGUAUUAAAAAUCUCUCAUGUUGUUUUCUUUAUACAAAGCAAGAUAACGGCAUAUAACACUGCCAUUACAUGGCAAAAUGUUUGCUACCUUAGUUUAAAAAACAAUCUCAAACAAAAGACUUGCUUCAAGGUGUUUUUAAAUAGCAGUGAUUCAGAAUUUUUUUUAUGAAAAUAUAAUUGCACUAACCUUCUUCCUGCUGCUCUGAUUCUGCAUUUGUGGUACUUGUGACUACGUUUUUUCAAAUAUAGAUCGAUUUAAGCUGCUAAUUUUUUUUUCAGUAAUCACUACUAUAUCAUGUCUUUUACUCUGUUUAUAAUAUCAAGUAUUUUCUUAAAGAUAUAGAUAUUAAAUUAAACCUUGUGCUCAUGCAAGUUAGAGUAACAUAUACAAAUGAUUGCAUGAGGCCAUGUUUAUAUGUGUGAUUAAUAAGGCUUGUCAUGAUUAACAUAAUCCAGGUAUGUCAUUUCUGAAGAGAAUAGUCAUCAAAUUUAUAUCUCAAAGAUUUUAAUUAAGGAAUUGCUUAUUGUUGAGCUUAGCAAAUUAAUAACACUAUUUCUGUCACUAAUUAUUUUGAGGCCUUUUAGUACUAAAAUUUUAACCUGUGUUCUAAGUUUAGGUAGAAACUGAUUUAACCCAAGUAAUGCAGCUUUGAUUUUCAGCAUUUGUUGCUUUGCUAUUUUUACAAAACAGCAUUGAUUGAAGCAAGUCUUCGUUUUACUAAGGUAGGGUAGCAUUUGCUAUUGGUAAAGAGAAUAAAUACACUUAAUUUCACAAUACAUUGUUAUAUGUACCCCAGUUGUUGUUAGUGGGGACUAUGAUACUGUAAUAAUAUUUUUAAAAAUUUACAUCCAGAGAGGCAGUCAUUCACGAUGGUUUUGUGCCAGCUCUUUUUAGGGUUUUGGAUCACAUUAGAGAUAUUUAGAACAUAUUACCAUGUGACUUACGUAGGAAACCUAAUAUGCUGAAUAUCUGGCACUUGAAUUCCUGCUUUUAUUGCUGGAGGUCCACAUCUGUGGUUGACCUCUGUUACUGUUUAAAAAAAAUAAAAAUAAAAAAAAUCUGUGCAAUAAUUUUAAAAUGUGCUCCCAGGAAUAGACACAAAUGUUUUGAGUAUCUUUUAAGCUGCAUUUUCCUUUAGCGAUGCAUUUGUCAAUUGCACUGAAUUUAAAUCUGAAAGUCAGAGGUGAUUAUUGAUAGUACUUUUGUAUUUUGAUAUGGACAGUUUAUUCAUUUGCAUACAGUUAUUGACUUUUUCCCAGCUGAUUAAAAGAUAGUCAAGAAAUUCUGCAAUAUAGCUGCCAAAAUAGACAGCUACAUUUUUAUAUUGUCAUCUUUUCUGGUUUUUUUUUUUUUUUUUUUUUUUCUUUAGCUAUUUUACUUAAGCAUAGUAGCCACAAUAGGACAUAUAAAAGAUUAUAAAUACAGAGCUUUAUUAUCCUGACGUCUUGGGUCUUUUAAGUAUACACUUUUCUGAAAGGUAUCCAUUUUGUAGGCUUGGGUUCUUCAUGAGCAUACGAUUGUUUAUUUUUGCUGCUGUUCUCAACAUCAUCAUUGCCUGCUGAUGUGCCACGAUGCUGCUCCAAUAGACAGAAAUAAGAUUGUCUCUAAUUUGAGCAGUAACAUGAUUGCAAGAGACCAAGUUUCACAGCUUGUAAAGUUCUGUAUUUGGGAUUCUUGCUUAUUUUUCCGCCUGUGUUUUUCUGAGAACUUAUUCCUGAUGAUCAAUUGAAUCCAGUAGUUUUUCUAUGCUAUUUGUUGUUGUAUAAGCUACUGUAAGAAACUUACAAGGAAAUAUAGAAAAGAAAACUUGAAUGAAUACUCAUUGAUUAAAAUGGAAUAAAGAAAGAGCAGCUGCCACUUUUAAACAACAUAAAGGAAUAUCUUUUUUUUUUUUUUUUUUUUUGCCUCCGUGUAGGAAAUCCCAUAAGUUCUUAUAUUUGUUCCAAUUCCUAUUUCCUGCCAUUGACCAGGUAACAUCAUUGACUUUCAAAUGACUUUUAGAAGUGGUAACUCUUAAUUUCCUAAUAGAUGUUAGAGUGUAUUGAAUUCUGUUUUAAUUAUUCUCUAGGUAAGUAUGUUUUAGGAUUAAAUACCUUUUACAGAUACUGAAAGUGCCUCCUUUUGUGGUGUAAAAAACAAAUUAUGGUGCAAAAAGUUAUCACUAGAUUGAAUUACAUGAAGGUUUUUUGCUUUUUGACAUAAGAAAAUGUCAAGAGAAAGGCCAAAGAUUUGUACUUUUUCACUUACAAAGCACUCCUUUUUCCCUUAAACUCCUUUCUGUCAAAUUAGAUUUAAUGAGAGAGUACUAUUUUUAAGGAGCUAUCUGUUUAUGUAGAAUGAUUUUGUUAAGAGUGAUGUAAACUAUUAUUGAGUAGAGGCCUAAAGAGGACUUGUGCAUUUUUGCUAUUUAAAGGAAUCACAAAUGAUCAUACUUAAGUGAGCAAAAAUGACAAGUUUUACUAGAUAAGUAGAGAAACAAAUCUCAAAUGCAGUGCUACAAUUUUCAUUAUCUUAAGCACAUUGUACAUUUCUACAGAACCUGUGAUUAUUGUCGCAUGCUAAGGAUGGUACUUGCAUAUGGUGAAUUACUGUUGACAGUUUCCGCAGAAAUCCUAUUUCAGUGGACCAACAUUGUGGCAUGGCAGCAAAUGCCAACAUUUUGUGGAAUAGCAGCAAAUCUACAAGAGACCCUGGUUGGUUUUUCGUUUUAUUUUCUUUGUUUUUUUCCCCCCUCUCCUGAAUCAGCAGGGAUGGAAGGAGGGUAGGGAAGUUACGAAUUACUCCUUCCAGUAGUAGCUCUGAAGUGUCACAUUUAAUAUCAGUUUUUUUGAAACAUGAUUCUAGUUAAAUGUAGAAGAGAGAAAAAAGAGGAAGUGUUCACUUUUUUAAUACACUGAUUUAGAAAUUUGAUGUCUUAUAUCAGUAGUUCUGAGGUAUUGAUAGCUUUCUUUAUUUCUGCCUUUACGUUGACAGUGUUGAAGCAGGGUGAAUUAACUAGGGCAUAUGUUUUUGUUUUUAAGUAAGUUGUUUCAUGAUGUUUUCUUUGGAAUUUCUGGAUAAGUUCAGGAAAACAUUCUGCAUGUUGUAUCUAGUCUGAUGUACUUAUCCAUCUCAUUACAAACAAAAACGCAGACUGCAUUUUGUAGCUCUGUAAUCCUUGAAUACAGAAGUAAAUUUUCUUCUUUCCUGACUUUGACAUUGUAGCUAUACUGUUUCCAUUUUUAUUUUUACAAAUCCUUUGGGUCUAAUUCUGUGAGCCUACCUAUAGCACUGGAUUAAAAUGUCUGCAUCAUUUCUUUAGUUAUCCAGUUAACUUUAAAACUGUUGUAAAAGUGUAAACCAGCCCAUGACAGUUUUUUGUACAUGUUAAAGAACUUCAUUGUUCAGUUUUCAUGAUUAUUGUAUAAGGAAGACUGAUAUAGAUGUUCUAUGCUGUCCUGGACCAUGUUAAUUACACUUACGAUGUAUUUUGGUUCCACAUCACAAUGAUUUGUCCCCAGUGACCCUUUUAUCCUUUCUAGGCACAUUUUUGUUGUUGUUGUUGUUGCAGUUCCCCUUUGCAUUGUAUUGCUUUGACAACUGUAAUUUGAAUCAGAUCUGAAAGAGGUCCAGAAUAAAAUAUAUUUUGAUAUUA